AUGAGAGGGCAGCAGCAAGGAAACAUGGCGGCGCCCAAGGAAAAAAGUGGAGUUCGGAGUGGGUCAGCUGAAGUCCUUAAACUGGGAGAUCUCAGCGUGAGUGAAGCGUGUUCGACAUGGCGGAGGUGCGCGGGUUUUCUGAUCUAUGUUACCGUCGCAACGACGGAAAGCGUGUCGUAUAACCUUGUCGAUACUAUGGGAAGGACGUCGAACUCUCCGUCCGUUUCGCAUUCAGCCCCUAUGCUGAGCAAUGUUCUUGGCAGUUUAUGGUCAACUAUAACUACUACGUCGAAAGACCCGAAUUGUCGCGGAACUUGUUUCAACACGCUGGCAUCGUUCCUGUGCGAUGAGGUUGAUCUAAACCCAAAUGCUUGUUCGAAGAGUGAUGAACGGUGCUGCACGGAGAAGAAUCCUGCUAUCAAAGCUGUUCCAGAAACAACUUUUCCUCCCACAACACGGAGUACCAGCACAGAGGCCCCAGCGUCCCGGAAGACGACGUUGGACAGUGUAACUGAAACUGUCGCGCCAUUGCCAGAGAAGCAUCAGGUGAUCCAUGAAAAUACAGAUGAAGACGUAGAAUAUGUAGACACAGUGAUGAAAAAGGUGUCGAGUGGGGAGACUUUCGUUGAGUGUCCGGGUGUGUGCGUUGCUCCGAGCAUCUCCGAGUACUGUGAUGCCGUGUUGACACGACCCAAGUUGUGUAAGGGGUCUCUCCGAUGCUGUGUCACGCGUGAAGUUUUCGAGGGACAAGACCCGCCGCAGGAUUUGAUGUUGAACGAGAGCCCAUCGCUUUCGUCGAUCGUUACGAAGCGUGUGCCUUCGGAACCUUUUCGACCUACGACCCAAGCGCCCGCGGAGGACUUGGAGUCCAUUCCAGCGAACAAUCGCUGCAAGGGAACGUGCGUUGGAUCCUUCUUUACCUUUCUGUGUGACAAGGUGGAUGCGGAGUCUGUGUGUCCGUCAGGGGGCCAAUGUUGUUUGACUAAAGAGGAUAUUGUGCAACAAGGCUUGGAAAUGGGCCAAAUUACUGGACAGAGUCAAGUCACACCUCGUUGUCCUGGAAGAUGUGUUUCUCUGCUGAUGUCAACCUUCUGUACGUCACCUUCACGACUCGUUCCUCAAACUACGUGUGAAGAAGGCACUGUGUGUUGUGUGGACAGACCAAGUGCCGCCACGAGCAACAGGCAGCCACCCCAAACACAGGUUCCAUCGAGGAAUAAACCGCAGAGAAAACCUCCUUCAGCGUCCUCUUCAUUGGGUUCUUUGGGAACCCUGCUCGGCAAUGCGGAAAUGACAGAUUUGUUCAAGUGUGAAAGGAAAUCAGUGUCUUGUUGCGCUCCCAAGUCUGCCGUGCAGCGCCUGCUCCAAGAGAGACAAGCUCAGAAGCUCAAUAAGACGCCCUUGACGGUGCUGCCACCAGGGUUGCAGCCCCCGGGUCCGUUGGUUUCAGCGAUGGAGCAGCAAACACUGCCUCAGUUCGUGCCGCCGUUUGUGGGAGACUUUGGGGACCAAGGCAGGCGGCCCUACAGACCCUUGCCGGCCCCACCUUUGUGGCAAAACCAAGUUGUGCCGAGUCCGCUUCACUUAUCGAGGAACGAUUCCUUCCCGCAUCUAGGUGUGGGAUUGCGGCGCCCGGUGAUUCCACCUGGCGUCAUUCCGCGGCCACUGCCUCGACCACUCAAGCUCCCAAUGGCAGAGAUGGCAUCAUCCGUCUACUUGAAUCCCUUGGCUCCGAAAAGCAAGUACAUCUGCGGACUGAAGGGAACGCACAGAAUGAGCAGAGUUGUCGGUGGUGAAGAUGCUGCCCUCUUACUCACCACGACCGUCCACCGCGACUAG